AUGUUCAAAUCUAAAGCCAUUUGCUCUCUUCUUGAUGCCACUAUCAAGUCCCCUUCCUCAAGCACAUCAUCAAUUAAUCAACCGCAAGCGCUAGCUUUAACAAUCCUUUCGCUGAAGAAUGGCUCUCCACUUCUAAGUUCUAUCACCGUUGAAAAACCAUUUUCUGUGAGCUUUGACUCCUCUGAAAAUGGGGACCCUUUGUACGCUACUUUCUUGGAUCAGUUCACUUCCAUUGACUAUCAAAAGAUUAAGGCGAUCAAAUUACAGGCGCAGGCAGAGGAGCUUGGGAACGAUAUUAGUCAAACCACCCUUGAAGCGUCACAAUUUAAUAACAUUGGCAACACCACGUAUGGAAGUAUAAGCCAGCAACCAACCGAAUCGUCUGGAUUCGAAUAUACGAAGCAGAACCCCGACGCCAAUGGAUUUAACAAGGAUAAUGAUUUCAAUAAUAAUAAUAUUAAUAUUAAUAGUAACAUAAGCAAUGCUAGCUUCACCAGUUCCACCAGUACAAAAUUAGCAGAUGUUGUCAGUGAUGCUCAUUCAUCAUUAGAACUACUUUCUCAUUAUGUUUUCACCUGCUAUAGCGCGUUCAAGAGAGACUACCUUCACUAUCAAGAGUUGCAAACCCCAAAGAAACCAGUGGCCACUGAUAUCGACUCCCCUGAUACCUCGAUGGCUGCGGGUGUCGGUGGAAAAUCUAAAAAGAAGUCUGGGAAACACCACAAGAGGGAUAAAGAUACAGAAUUGGUAAGGCUGUUGAUAGAAAAUGUCACUUCUGAAGAAAAAGUGAACGGGUUGCGGUGGUUCAAUAUUCAAAUUGAUGGGAAAGAUGUGUUUUUGUAUUUGAUUUUCAACUCAAAAACUUCGGAGGAUUAUUUCUUGCUAUACGUUUGUGAAAAGGGAUACCCUAAAGGUUUGGCCAAGUUGAAGUUGGAAAAACUAGAAAGUUUGUUGAAAGAGAAUGGAUUUUAG